UACUAGUAAUCAAUCUAACACACAGUCGCGGACUCGUUACAAGUAUAAUCUGGAAUUAAUGACGAGCUGUGAAAGAAAUAGAAUUGAAAGCAAUGAGCAAAAUUUGAUGUCGCAUAUUAGUAUCGUCAUGGAGGCGGAUUGUGGCCAGUAUUAUUGGAUUCAGUUAAGCUACUGUGGACAAGAUUGUAAGAGGAUACCACCAGGAUUAUGGAGGAUGUAUGGGGCCAAGGUGCAAUAUUUAGACUUAAGUUACAACUGCCUCGAGACGUUGUCAGGCCUGGAACAAUUUCCGAGACUGGAGGAGCUGAUACUAGAUAAUAAUAAAUUAUCUGAUGGCGUGGGUUUCCCGCUUUUGCCCCGUCUGCGGACACUCUCGCUGAAUAACAAUCAGAUAACAGACCUAGAUGUGUUAAUAAAGAAGAUUGGCCGAAGUUUCCCUUCGCUGACAUACCUUAGCCUGCUUAGCAACAAGGCAUGCCCUAACCAACUAUCUGACGUGGAUAAGGACGACUCAGACUAUCAGAGAUAUAGAUAUUUCGUAAUAUACAAAGUGCAAAACCUGCGCUUCCUGGAUUCCCGAAGAGUGUCGCCAACGGAGUGGAAGGUGGCGGUUACGCGAGGCGAGUUCAUGCGCGUACGCAGACCGGCGGAUGAUGUCACUGAUGCCUCCACACCCGCUCUUGCAUCGUUUAACAGACAGAGACCGUUACCUGUUGACUUUGCGGCGUUGGGCAAACACAAAGGUGCCUACGGCAAAUGUCACUACAAGUACACAGGAAAACACUCCGAAGGUAAUAGAUUUAUUGUAAAUAGCGAUUUGUGACAUUCGACGAGGUAUGAACAAAGAAAUAACUAAACCUACAGAAUUCCUACAGCUCUAUUUUGUCAUUGAAUUACGUUUAGUUGGAUUUUUAUUUGAAAGGCUGAUAAAUUUAGAUUCAAUUAUCACUAUUUACAGGUUUGUGACCACGGUGAGAUUUCUUUUAUUUUCCAUAGUCACGGGUUGCCUGUCGUAACUCAAGAUUUGUCGAAUUGAGAAUUGAAAAAAAAGCUAUAUAUUCACAUGGUUAUUUUUAAAAUAUCCAUCCUUG